AUGCCUGUGAAACUUCUUAAGCAAGCUCAGUGCCCCUUCCGUGUGUCAUGCUCAACUAAAAACACACCUGACAUUGGACUAUGGGCACUGCCCUUUAACUAUAUCCCAAUUGACGAUAGCCAGCAGACAGGAGCAUUCAGGAAAGAGAUGAAUGCUAAGAUCUGGAACAAAAUAAGAGAGGAAGGAGACCUGCACAAGGAGAGAUGGAUGUCAGGGAAGUGGAACAAAUUGAGGGAGGAACACCCAGUUCAAGGCCUUAACCAGAAUUGGCCAUCAGAGCUUGAACAUAACCUAAACUCUACAUUUUCAGCAACGGCACACAUUAAUGUUUGGGAAAGGGGAGCUGUACACCAGUAUUAUUCCAUGAUCAAUAGGCAGAUGGCUCUGUCAGACAGUCUCUUUGAGAUGAUUGGUCACAGAACAGUGUGUCAGAUGAUAAUGAAUCCCCUCCUGACGAGGAAGAUGCAGAAAAGCGACCUGUGA